AUGGAUCCAAUAUUUGAUUUGAUAUAAAAUGUGCCUUUCUAACGCUUGAUGUACAUAAUUAUUGAUAAAGCACAUUAAAUUUAUUAAAUUGUAAUAAUAGUUUCUUACAAUUCAUAGCACAGAGUUCAUGGUCAAAAAUUGAUGAGAGUAAAUGCUCCCUAAGGUGACUCAUCAAUCUUAAGGCCUCUGAAAAAACUUAUUAGUGAUUUCUAGAACUCAAUGGCAUGGUUAUAAUUUUUAAAACGAAUUUAUGACCCAAAGCUGUUCAAGAGGUAGAGCAUACCCACUCUCUAAAGAUCACUCUCAACUUUUCAUUCUUUAACCAUUUCUUCAGUUUACAAGUGGUUAUUCACCCCAGUUAUUUUUAUUAAAGUGCUUUGGGGUCCUGAUUUUUGGAAAAAAUUUAACAAAAUAGGCUAGCCUUUAACCAUUAAAAUCACUAGGUUUGGAAGCCCAUGGAGGAUAGGCCGGAAUAGCUUCUCUAUGCGGUUUCAGAUGAUAUAGAGGAGUCUUUCAAGAACCGGACGGCCAGUAAGUGAAGGGAAGUUCAAAGAUCUGAACUCAGAGUGGAUGCUUGGAGUGGGGAGUCGCUCUAAGAGAGUGGGUAUGCUCAAUUCCAAUGUACAGCUACCGGACUGGGAUUUACCUCAUUGUAUAAACAGACUGAUGGAGUGUCAAAUAUCAAAUUGAAUUAUUCAGCACUAUAUAUACCCUUUUAAUUUGAUUUUCUUUCCAUUUUAAUAUCAUGA